AUGAGGUAUCUACUGUUCUUGCUUAUCUUCCUACUCUUGACAAAGUUAAAAUCUCUUGACAUAUCUACCGUUCCAUUUUGUGAACGUCCACUGAACUUCGAUGGCCCAGACUUUAUUCGCGUAUAUGAAUUUGAAGAGCUACACCAACUCAAACUUGAAGAACCGAACCUCCAGAUGUUUGUUCGUAACAUGAAUGAUCUCACAGAGCUCAAUCUAGAUAAUGUAGACCUCUCAGCUCAAGGUUCUAAUCGGUCCAAAACCUUAGCUAAUGCACUUCCUAGACUUCAGUCUUUGAGUUUGUCUUUCUGUCGUCUCUCAGGUUCUAUUCAUCCUUCCUUCUCGCAGCUCCAAUCUCUAUCCCACAUUGACCUCGAGGGUAAUGAUCUGUCCUCUGAGGCACCCCAUUUUUUUGCGAAUUUCUCGAAUUUGGUAACUCUCAGUCUAAGAUCUUGUGAUUUGCAAGGGAAUUUUCCGGAAAAUGUUUUGAUACUGCCAAAACUACAAAGCAUUGAUCUUUCGGACAAUUCACUCCUCACUGGUCAUUUGCCAAAAUUUCCCUUCAAUAGUUCUUUGCGGCAGUUGAAACUGUAUAACACAAACUUCCGUGGGAAAUUGCCAGACUCAAUUGGUAAUCUCAUGUUCUUGACUCAUUUACUCCUCUCUUCUUCUAAUUUCAUUGGGUCGAUCCCAUCAUUGCUUGCCAACCUCACCCUAAUUGUUGAAUUGGACCUUCGUGGCAAUAGCUUCAGUGGUUCAAUACCUCCAUUCCAUGCUAGCGCAGUCCCAAACCUUGAAUUCCUUCGCUUAUCUAGCAAUCUUCUCAAUGGAGUGAUAUAUUCCUCGUUGUUUACUCUCCCAUCGCUGCAAGGCUUAUGUCUUGACAACAACCAUUUCAGCGGUCAGCUUGAGGAGUUCUCAAAUGCAUCUUCUUCAGAUGGUCCAAUACCAAAGUCAAUCUCGAAACUCCCAAGGCUUGUCUAUCUCGAACUUGCUGCUAACAACUUUUACGGUACCAUGAAGCUUGACAUCUUCCAGAGCCUCAGAAACUUGAAUUCUCUCGACCUCUCAGACAACAAAUUGUCAAUUGAAGGUGACAAUGGUAGCUUUACGCUUCCCAAUCUUGCCGCCUUGAAACUGAGUAGGUGCAACUUGACUGAAGUUCCAAAGUUCCUCAAAAAUCAAGUUGGGUUAAAGACUCUGAACCUUUCCAACAACCAAAUCCAUGGCAGCGUUCCCAGUUGGAUAUGGAACAGCGGCAGUCUUUAUGAGUUGGAUCUUUCUCAGAAUGCAGUUGAUUUCCUUGAACAACCUCUUCUGGCUGACUCAAACCAGAGUAAAACGGUCAUUGAUGGCGGUAAAAACCCUUCCUCUUCAAUUCUAGGCGUAUUGGCCUUGCGCUCCUGCAACUUAAGUAGAUUUCCAGAUUUCCUGAAAAACCAAGAUAUUCUGUUUUACAUCGACCUGUCAGAUAACAAAAUCAAUGGCCGAACCCCCAGCUGGAUAUGGAAGAAGAACCUUCGUAUCUAA